UCCACGUUCCUUACUUGUCCACGCAUGUGCCAACCUAAUUGUCCCCGGCGUGCACCUGCGUCUGUGCCUGCACCUGCACCCACCCCCGCCAACAAGUUACAGCAGAUACGCUUACAUAACAAAUAUGAUUGAGGGGCAAGUUCUGGGCAUAACAACAGACUCGCGCGCAUGACAUGUAGUACCUUGUUGGCUGUCUAUCUUAACUCAUGGUCAAGUGCUAAUAGGUAGGUAGACUAUGAGCUCCGCGAUGCCAUUGAUAAGCAUCAUUGCUUGUGGAGAAUUGGAAGUCCACGAUAAAGACGUGCCUUGGUUGUGGACCUAUGGCGAUGCGGCGGCGGCGCCCAGUUUUGUCGGGUUGCGGGGCCGUCCGCGAUCUACCCAGACAUCCAGACACCCAGACAAGGACUCAGUGAAGGAGGGGGAAGACAGCUUGAUGCGGCCUUCCAGCGCCCAAGAUAAGGCGAUCGGAGGACCUUAACUUACCUACUCCUACUUUACGUCCAGCAAGCACAAAGGUGCUGAGGCAAGCAACUAGACUAGGGCGCACUGUUAUAAGAAUACGCUGUUGAAGGCGAUGCAUAAGGUUUAGAGUAUUUUACCUCAAAAGACCCCUCCCUCUCACUCAACCCCUCACUCACCCAGACACAUAGAUCGUAGACACGAGGUGUCUUACCUGCUUGACCUGCUCACAAUAACAAUGGGUCGUCCAGUAGCCCAUAAUACCCCAUGUAGAAAUGAAAUGCGUAAAGUAUUUGCCUGGGCCUAGCAUUCGCACAGGCGGCAGACAGAUGGAUGAGACGGGCAUGAGCCGCCUCUCAAUUUGUGCAUCAAGUGCCGGACUCCGAUGUCGUUCCUCUGGAUGAGGUAGG